CCCGGUGACAUUGUUACAGCUGCUAUAAGAGCUGUUAUAAAACGAUCCAUCCGACGUUGGUUACGAGAUGGCAGGUGGUCUCGAGAUCGAAGAGAAAGGGGAUAUAACUUCCAAGGAGAUCGAAAAUGCAGGCCCAGAUGCUCCGUUUUGGUCUCCGGAAGAGGAGAAAGCUCUAGUGAGGAAGAUUGAUUUGGUCCUCCUGCCCAUGGUCUGGAUUAUGUACUUGCUGUCGUACAUGGACCGAACAAAUAUCGGGAACGCAAAGAUUUCGGGCAUGGAGACCGAUUUAGACUUGACGUCGAACCAAUAUUCCAUUGCUUUGGUCGUUUUCUUCAUCGGCUAUGUCGUGUUUGAAGUUCCCAGCAAUAUGCUCCUCAGUCGAAUUAGACCAUCCCUGUUCCUGUCAGGAAUUAUGGCGCUGUGGGGUGCAUUAACCUGUGUCAUGGGCGCCAUCAAGAACUUCAAGCAACUCGUGGCUUUGCGCGCAAUCAUAGGUUGUGUCGAGGCAGGGUUUGCACCAGGCGUUCUCAUGGUGAUUGCAUCUUGGUACAGGCGGACGGAACAGGCCAAGCGAUUUGGUAUUUACAUCUCCGCCGCUAUCCUAUCCGGUGCAUUCGGAGGCCUGCUUGCGGCUGUAAUUGUCAAGGGACUGGAAGGAGCACACGGGAUCAGAGGCUGGCGUUGGCUCUUUAUCGUGGAGGGAGCUGCAACGGUUGGGGUUGCUUUAAUUGCAGCCUUUGUCCUCCCGGACUUUCCUGCCACGUCCAAAAGCUUCUCAGGGAGACAGCGAAGUAUUGCGGUUGCCCGAUUAGCAGACGACGUUACGGCCAUGACCCAAGACAGUGAGCAACUCUCGCCCCGGCAAGCUAUGGUUGAUUCGGUCAAGAAUUGGCGAACCUGGAUGUUUGUCGUAGGGUACAUGGUUAUCGUUGGCUCUAGUACGCUCUCGUAUUUUUAUCCCACUUUGAUCGAAGGUCUUUUCGGAGACUCCUCUACUGAGAGGACAAACUUCCUGACCAUCCCUAUUUAUGGCGUUGCAUUUGUUUGCACAUUAAUCACAUCCUAUUUCAGUGAUAAAAUCCCAUCGUGGCGAGGCCUCAUCAUCUCUUGCUGGUUGAUGUUCUCGCUUAUAUGUUCAAUCGCAGUGUGUGCAGUGUAUGAUUACACCGCUCGAUAUGCGCUGCUCGUGCUCAUGGCAUCUGGUCUGUGGACGACUAAUGGAAUGAGUCUUGCCUAUGCCUCGUCGGCAUUUUCGAGCAUGCAUCCACAGACAAGGGGUAUAAGUCUCGCGUUGGUGAAUGCUCUGGGAAACCUAGCGCAGAUCUAUGGCUCGUACCUGUUCCCGGACUCCGACGGCCCAAAAUAUACUAUGGGAUUUUCCGUCAUAUCAGCAAUGUUGGCCUUGGGCGUUGUAGUAUACUUGGCAUUGCAUUUCUGGUUUCGCCACCGUGCGAAGCAAACAGAGAAUGAGCAACCAGAGGAAUGAAGAUAGAUAAUGCUAAUGAGAAAUGAUAAUGAUAAAUUUGC